UGUAAAACGAGAAGAGCGGAACAAAAACCCAAAAUCUAUCAGAAGAUCUCUCGAUUAUAUCUUGUUAUAAAUUUACCACCGAGGAGGCUUAGCCGUCUCUGGCUACUUUGAGCGUCGAGCUUAUUUCUCUCACCCUGAAGCUGCAUUGAUCUCGUAUCGUACAUUGAGAAAAACGCCAGUAAAACAAGUUUUCCGUACCUUUGGUAAAACAGUGCCUGAUGGGCAAUUGGUGCUCUGCCUGCUUUGGCGAUAGCCGGUCAGAAAGCAGUGACAACUUUGACCAGCAUCCUACCGAGCGAUCUCGAUUGCUAGGAGCAGACAUUGUCUCUCAAAAUGAAGAGCCAACACCACACAAUUAUCACGCCUUGAGCCAACUGCGUGAGCAGGAGACAUUGAAGCGAAUUGUUCAGCGUACCGCCGACAAUUUGAUUGACAUUUCCUCGACUCGCAUGCUGGACCGUAUUCAAGAUGAGCAUGCAGCUCAGAGAGCGCACGAAUAUAGCGCACUUGUAAAGGAAUGCCAGCCACAGUUGGCCAAGUUUACGCAGAAAAAUACUGCCCGCAUUCCAUCUGUUGAGGAAGCAAAGGACAAGAUUCCCCGGUUGCUGGCAACAGGGACCAUCAAAAGAGAGGACAUUGAUCAAAUAUCGGAUAUUAUGGAGCAAGUGAAGACUGCAGUGCACGAGAUGCGCGUCCAGCAAGUUGGCGACAUUGUCGUUCCGAUGGUCGUUAGCGUAUGAAUAUCAGUUGCCGAGCGGUGUAUAUGUGUAUAUGUGGUGUAUGUACAAUCUAUAUUAUUUUUAUUAUCAAAGGUAUCCCAUCAACGGCCGCAGGUAAUUUCGCGUUCCC